AUGGAGAAGGAAGAGCCAGACACUCGUCCCGUCACUGGAGUGAGCUGGCGGGACAACAGUGACGGGGUGCCAGUUGUCGAUCCAGAGAAGGAAAUGCUAGGGGAGCAAGAACGGACAGAACAAGAAGACUCAAGCGAGACACCAGACAGUGGCACGACCCUGGGACUACCCGUUGAUGGCAUGGAAGAAAAAUCCGACUCAGAGCUUCCACCCGCUGCCGACAACGCUACGCAGACUCGAUCGGCACGACCUGAUCUCCAAGGGAGAGCUCCCACAUAUGCGUCGUCCACGCGCACUCUCCCACGCCUGAAGCGCAAAGAGACGAGGAUGAUGCAAAAGGAAGCACACCCAAUGCAGCACUUGGGCAUUACGCUCGGGUUGCCAGCGAUUCUACUCUUCGAUAUCGUCGUACCGUGCAUCAUCUACUACACCUGGUACAAUUCCCACAAACACCGCUGGGAGAGAGAAUGCCGCGAGCAGUUCAACAGCACGCCCCAGGAGUGUCCCCUUCCAAAACCAGAAUACGACGAGAACAUUCUGGGCUACGCUAUCAUCUCUUUCGGUGCCGGCGAGCUUUGGAUUUUGAUUGCACGGGUGUACCGGCUGUUCGUCCACACCGAAGAAUGUGCUCCUCUCUUGUCGAGGAGCAAGUGGGAGCUGGAUGCCACGUCGUGGGUGUACGGGGUCGCCAUGAUCCUGGCCCUGAUCCCCUUCGUCGUCGGCAGUUCCUUGGUCCUGCCCCAUCUGUACCUCUACUCGCCGACCUUCAUCAUGGGAUUUCUCGGCAUCCUGAUGCUCAUCACCGAAAUUCUCCCCAUCAACAUCCCCAUCGGGAUCAACUCGCAGGCUCGAGGCACGAAGCUGCGCCCAUUCAUUUACUAUGCCGCCGAGGACUUCAUUGCCGUCGACGGCCUGCAGGACCGGGAAUUCCGUGUCCGCUAUAACGACCGUUACGAGAACAACAAAGCCUUUCGCAACAUGUUUCGCUACUUGACCUGGUGGUGGUUGUUCGGCGUGUGCACGUACAUCGGGUGCGUGUCCGCCGUCAUCUGGACUCUGGAAUUCCAUUACGCCUUUGGACUUUCACUGGGUGUUCUUUUCUCUUACAUCGCCAUCUGGGCGGCUGUAUCUUACGUGUGGGUCAAGCUUGAGAUUGAACGGGAGCACAAGGCCUUUGAGGAGGGCAAAUUUGACCCAUAA